GCCGCGAGCGAGCGAGCGCGCGGGCGUCCCCGGAGCCGGCCGAGGCGCUGGCUCCCCGCGCGCUCCGCUGAGCGGGGCCGGAGGGACGCGAGCUGCGGCGCGGGGGCCGGCCGGGCCGGGAGGGCCGGGCCGGCGGCCGUGGAGGGGGCGGGCGGCGGGCGCGCAGCCGGCCGGGUUCCCGGAGCCGAGCCUUUCUCCGCGCGAGCCCGGCGUGUCUGGCCGCGGAUGCCCUUUCCGGAGCGCUCCGUGCCGCGCCAGGCUCGCCAGGGUCCGCGGCGAGACAUGCCCGAGCCAGGUGCUGCACCGACCUCGACUUAUCUGUAAGCAGCGGAAGGAACCAUGGUCACGAAGGAAAGUGGCAAAUGCAUACUCACAGCGUCAGAGAGCGAAGUGGAACCUGCCGCCUGCCUGGCCCUGGAGAUGAAGUACGCCCUGGAUCCCAACCGGCAGAUUAAAAAACGCAACAAAGCCCUGCAGGUGCGGUUUAAGGAUAUCUGCGAGGCACAGAACGAGCAGAGGGACGCGCAGCUGUCCUCUGGACAGCAGGGGGAGAAGCGGGAGGCCAAGCCUGUGUCCUGCAGGGCGGCCUACCGCAAGUACAUGACGGUGCCCGCGCGCAGGUCCAUCCCCAACGUCACCAAGAGCACAGGUGUGCAGACCUCGCCUGACCUUAAGAAGUGCUACCAGACGUUCCCACUGGACCGCAAAAAGGGGACCCUCAAAAGUCUCCCAGCCGCAGAUCCCUUUAAAAGCCAAAACAAUGGGUUUCUAGCGGAUGCUAAAGAGAAGAGCCCUGGUGGACACCCAGAGAAGGCCAGACCAUGUGGCGCUGGACGGGUGCACAAGACCACGGCCUUGGUCUUCCGCUCUGACGAACACGUGGACUUGGAGGAGCAGCCAUCAGGCCUCAACUGCUCAGAGCUCUGCCACAGCCCGGACCUGCUGGGCCACGGAGAAGCUGCUCUCCAGAACGCCAUCCGGCCUCCCCGCGAAGAGCCUGACCACCAGCUGCAGGGGCCAGCAAAGCAGGACCCAGGGACGCCAGACUCUGAAGAACCCACCCUGCCCACCCUUGGGAGGGUAUUUAAAACAGAGGUUGCUGCCGUCUACGCACCCGCCCUCAGUGCCCGUGCUGCGGAGCCUGGCUUGUCCAACUCUGCCACCCCGAGCCAGUGGUCACUGUGCCCCGUGGACGAGGACCCACGGAGAGCUGCACACGUCAAUGGGCUCCAGGCCCCCGCAGGCACAGCUCUGGCCUGCUCGCCCUCGAGGCAGUGCCUGUCCCCCGAAUGUAGUGGUCAGCCCGUGCAGACUCGAACCCCAUCGGGGCCGGGCAACCAGCCUAGCUCAACAGCGGCGGCUGCAGGUGAAGAAUGCCAACAAAUCGUGCCUCAUACCGAAGUGGUGGACCUCAAAGCACAGCUUCAGAUGAUGGAGAACUUGAUCAGUUCCAGCCAGGAAACCAUCAAAGUGCUCUUGGGGGUCAUUCAGGAGUUGGAAAAAGGAGAGGCUCACCGGGAGGGGCUUUCAUAUCGGACGGGGCAAGACACAGCUAAUUGUGACACGUGCAGGAACAGUGCCUGCAUUAUUUAUAGUGUGGAGCUGGACUUCAAGCAGCAAGAAGACAAACUCCAGCCGGUUCUGAGGAAACUCCACCCCAUUGAGGAAACUCAGGUUGCACCCUCGCCUUAUUCUCAGGAGACGUACUCCUCCACUCCCAAGCAAAAAUCCAAAACGGAAUCCAAAAAGCAUGGAAGAUGGAAACUCUGGUUCCUUUAAAACUCCUGGUGUUUGGAGUCUCAAGGCCUCUUUAAAACCCACUGGAGUUAAAUGUCAGUCCUCUUCCAAAAUGAAUAGGAUUGGGGGAACUAGAGUGCCGGCCUGGACACCACCCACUUCUCGCCCUGCGUACCAAAAAGGCCUUUGUACCAACAGACAAUUAGCAGAAGCAAGGUAUUUGGUGUCCCUCCUUGCCGGCUGCUCUUUGCAGUUCACUGAUGUGGGAUGUACAAUCUGAAGUGAAACUUUCCUAGUCAAAGAUGAUAAGUAAAAAUUCUAUUCCCUCUCCCGUCCCGGAUCUGCAACUGUUUAUCAGCCUGCGAAAUGGCAGGCUGUCACUCUGUACACAGCUAAAACUCAUAAUUAUUUUCAAGCCUUUAUUUUUUUUUUUAAUGAGAAGAAACAGCAAGCCUUAUGUUUGCAAAGGACCUCAUUUUUAUGUUUCAUUUUGCAAAUAAGCAGGGGGGGUGAGUGCAAUUUUCAGCACAUCCAAUUCCGGAGAAAGCACAAUUUUUUCAAGUGGUCGGAGACCAUGAAUAAUCUCUAAAAUGUGACUAUAUGUAUAUUUGCCUUCACGUGCUGUAGCGCUAAGCUGAGUGACCACAUCGCAGUGUCACAUUGACACUUCACACUUGGCAUUCUCUUCAUCUCCAGACCUAGGACAUGUUUACCGCUCAUUUUCCAUAUGGCCAGCAGCCAGGAGUCCCCCAAAGUCAGGAUAUGCCUUUAAUUACUGCAAGUUGACAGGGUCAGAGCUAUUGGACAGUAAGCUUUCCUAGAUCAUGUUUUUAAUCUUUUGGUACCCAAAGGCCAAAUGAUAAAUUCUGGUAAGAAUUUGAAAACACGGAUGGAUAAGGCCAUCACCAAUAAGUCACAAGCGUCCUGUGCCAUGGUGAA